AUGGCUUCUGUCUGUGAAGAAUGUUCAGAUUCUAUUGGGGACAAACAUUGUGUUGACUGUGACAGAUCAUUUUGUCUGAGCUGUAAACUAACUCACCUAACUGUAGGCAAGUUUCCAACUCAUAUAUUUUAUAACGUUGAACCAGUAAGGGAAAACAGCCUGAUAGAACAGAAUUUAAUAAAUCAAAGAAAAACUGACACUUUGAUCAAACCAGUAGUGCUAAUGGCUGACCUUGAUAUAGAAAAUCUUCCACAUAAUUACGGAUUAGAUACAGAAAACAUUCCAGACAACACAGACUGGGAUGGAAAACAGAAAGAUGCAACACAUGCCACAACGGACAACAAAACAGACGCUGAUGUAAGAGUUGAUAAAGUGUCAACAGCUAAAUCGGAAUCAAGCAACAAGGCUGAAAAACCAAAAGAGGAGACGAACGAAACAUUUGAACAAGCUUCAGAAAAUGUGAACAGCAAAAUUGUAGAAGACAAAUCUGACGAUAAAAAAGAAACUACUGAAGCUUCCUCAGCACAAAUUAAACCAAAGGCAAAUACUAACAGCAUACCCGAUGUUAUCAUUGAUACCGAAAAAGACAAACGAAUCUUUGAACUCACGGAAACAGACAAAAUUAAGGAUCCUAACAAAAGCCACGAAAUCGUACCAACAGAUAAAGCGAAUGACGAUAGCAAAAAUUACCGAAGUGAGAAAACGGCUUAUUCUAUUUUAGAAGUAACAAGUAUGUGUAACGAUCACAGCGAGGAUUUUAUAUUUAUCUGUGAUCGAUGUGAUGUACCAGUUUGUAAGAUUUGUGUAGUAAGGGAACAUAAAGGUCACAAGCUGUCAGACAUCGAAGAGACAGCUACCAUGAGAGAAAACGCUUUAGCGAAUGUGUUAACUCCUAGGAUUGCUGGCGCUGUAAGAAACUCUAGCGAAAUGAGCCUUAAUCUCUCAACCUUUGACUCGGAAAUAAAUGAAGUGAACAGAGCAAUUGAACGACACGGAGAAUCGAUUAAGGAACUCGUAGACAGACAAGUAGCAUUGAUGGUUAAAAAUGUAAAAGAAAGAGCUGGGCGAAGAAAAAAUAAAUAUUCAGAUGUAAACGAUACAUUGAACGAUGCAGUAGUAAAGGGGAAGCAAUUACAACAACGUCACCAGGAUUUAACAAAAUCAAAGAACGAUGGAGCCUUGAUUUUACAGUUAAAAAAACUUUCCAAAGAUGCUUCAGAUUUUCACUAUCCGUCAGUGCCAAACUUCCCCACUGUCAAGUACCAUCCACCAAAAGUUACAGAAGGCGAUGUUGAAUCGCUAUUUGGAGCAUUUAGUUUUAUCGACAUGGAUCCCAAAUCCAACAGAUUACCAAAAAUGAUACCACCUGCUAACAUAUAUUCUACUCCGAAACACAGAUGGCAGUGUUGUAGAUGUGGUACAGACCAACUAAAUGAGUAA